GCCAUAUAUAACAAAAGAAUUUCUGUCGGUAUUAUAUGGUUUUGCCUCUCUCAACACUGCCUUUGACGUUCAUCAAUGCCAAAGUUUUUGAGGCACAUCCGUAUGAUAAUUUUGCCAUAUGAUAAUUUUGCCGUACGGUUGUUUUGUCAUACGGAUGCUUAGCUGUACGAAUGAUUACCCGUACAGACAUUUCGUCCUGGAAUGUCUUGCCGUACGCGUUUUUAGCGGAAGGAUAUUUGAUGUUUAGCCGUACGGAUGUUUUACUAAAAAACUUUUUAUUAGUUCUUCCUAAAUUAUCAAAUAUUCUUUGUUAUUUCAAGCGAUGACUAACGGAAGGUGAUUUACUACUUGAGCCAAUAUAAGCCUCCACUCUUUCUUUGAAUUCUGAUCAAUUUCAUUUCUUUACCAACUAAUUAAAAUUUGUUGGACAUGGUGGGACCGAACAAGGGCCCCUUCUGACUGUCAUAAUCGUGGGGCAUGGGGUUGUGCCCCCUGGACCCCCUUAAACCGCCACUGCUUAUCCGUUAAAUAAAUACUUCUCUUUUAUAUAUUUUUCCUUUUUAUUUAUUUGCUUUCGAAAAUGUUGGAAGUGGUUGCCCAUGCUGUCAUAAAGCAUUUAAAGUUCAUAAUUAUUGCUGAUUUGCACAUUGAUAUACACCUAAUUGCAACAUGUGAUUCGAUCGUGACAGGACAGUUGUAGAAAAUUAGUUUUAAGCAGGGAAAUGAGAUCGAACAAGGUUCUGUUGUCAUUAAUUGCUGUGAAUAUUUGCUAUUUUAUUCAUUGACAAUAUCGUACACUUUAUUCAAAUACAAUCGAAACUCAAUUCAAUUCAUGAAGGUUCAAGCUUGAUAACAUUGUACAAAAUUCUCAAUCUUGUUUUGCAUAAACGCUUAUGAAAUAUCGAGCCGAGUCCCCGUUUCUUAACUACACGUCAGAAUGUUGGAUCAUGUGAAUUGAAUUAGCACAACAGUAAGAUUUUAUAUAAAAUGAAUGGAAAGUAAGAAGCUAAGUGUAAUUAAUGCAAGGAAAAAAAUCAAAAAAUUAGAAAUUGAGCUAAAAUACAUCGAGCGGUUUAAAUUUAAUUUUUUAACAUAACAAAAUUAAAGACUUAAAUGCCAACAUCCAAAAUUCUUAUCGCAACAAAAAAAUGAAAUCUAUAUAUAAAACUGGUGGAUAGUUAGUUAUUCAAGUAUUGGGUUCAGUAAACCACGAUCUUUAUUACUUCAUAAAGUUUGGUUCGUUUUAGAAAUAUGUAGCUGAAUUGCAUAAAUUUUAAUAAUAAAAUUUGGAUUAAUGUGUUGCUUUACCUGAUAAAUUUGAUUUCCCUAUAUUAUGUAUAUCUUUAGCAUGAUGAGCCCUUCAAAGAAAUCAAAUAAUAUGUUUAUAUAUGAAAAUAUAGAAUUAACUGUAUAAUGCAAAAUCUAGCCAUUACAGAGGAAUUGUCUAGCGUCAUGCACUCUUUUUAAUUAUAAUACUGUAAUUUUUCAGCCUCAAUAUGCUUAAGAAAUAUUCGUUUUGAAUCUGAAUAUAUUCUGAAAAUAUUUUUAUUGUUUUUUUCAAAUUUGAUAUGGUUCUAGAGUUAGCCUUGAAUAGGCUUUCCAAACAAGGUGAAGCAGUGACGGAAUUCUUGGCUACAGCCACUGAAAGGAGCCCUCCCCGAUUCAAUGUUGUGUGCAUGUUUUUGAUAAUAGAUAAUAGAACUACUAAUCCAAACUUGAUUCUGGGGAAAGGAGGAAUUCGUAUAGGGAAAACAAAAGUAGAUAUUGCAAAUAAUAUAUUUUGUCAAAAAAUUGCCAGGGAUUGCAGACCGUCAGUGGCGUCGCCACGGGGUGGACUGGGGUGGACAUGUCCAUCCUAGUUUCCCCAAAAGUCGAUUUUCUAAUUUGUCGAAUUCCGUUGAAAAAUCUUUGGGGGGGUGUUAGGUUGAUCAGAUCGAUUUUGAUUUUCGCACUGGCAGAAAAGCCACCGUUACAAAAAUGCUGCUCGAGAAAGUUGCUUCUCCAAAUAUUUCAAAAUAGAUAAAUUAUACUAAAAAAGGAUUUUCUAAGAGGCUGCAGGGAGAGGCCUCGAAAAUUUGUUUUUGUCCACCCCAGUUUUUUCGAGCUGGCGACGCCACUGCUGACGUUGCCUAUGUUAAUAAUGAUCAAUUCAAUUAAGUUUGACUCUGCAAUUCCACCUCGGAAAACCGAGCGUACCGCGUUUACCACUUUAGAACCUUACCGCGUAAUUCUGGAUGCAAUCUAAAGCCUGUUUAUGGCCUAUAGGCUGCCCUGAGCAUGCCCAGAGCAUGUUACAGAUAUGAUGAGGUAAUAACACAACGGUCACGUGUGAAGAUCUACAAGUUAAGCAAAUGAUGUUAGAUAAUCCAAUCGAUAUGUGGAAGGAAGGAAUAAUAUUUUAUCGUAUGGAAUCUUUCAGAGCCAUACGAUUAGAUAUAGAUAUUCACAGUACAGAUACUUGAUAAUAUUGCACUAUUUAUUAGAGUGAAAUAAGUAUUAUCAAUAAAAGACUUAUGAUUUCAGUACAAUCUCAGUUACUCGUACGUCGAGGAGGGCGAUGGUUCGGGUUAACGAGUGUUCGAGGUAACGAAUGUUUGGUUCAUCGAGAGUUCGAAUUAUAGCGAGUUUUUUCAAGAGCGUUUUGAAAAGUCUCAGGAGGAGGGGGGGGGGCACUGUAUAAUAAUCCACGAUGAAUCGCUUCGAUGAGAACAUGAAUCACCUUGCAACAUACCACUUCUUUUUCUUCCUAACUUUGAUGCACUGAACAACGAUUGUCAAACACCAUCUUACGUUAAAUCUAAAUGAUUUUUGCACAAAGUAGAUACCAUGGGCGUACAGAGGUAGGGUGUGGGGGUGUUUUUGAGGAACCCGUCCAGAUUUUUGGCCUUUCGGAAAAAGUUCCGAUUAAGCACUAUUUCAUAAUUGAGAAGGUACAAGUAGUUUUCAAAGAAAUGCUAGGAAGUAAAAGCUGAAAAAUUAUGUCCCAAUCUGCAGAAAAUUGUGUUACAUAAGCUAAAAUAUUCAACAAUGACACCAGAAAAUUGAUUUAAACCAUCAAAUAGCUUUCAGCUGUGGAUAUUUUCAGAUAUUUAUUGAAGAGAAAGCUUGCGUUAUUGAAAAAGUGCUUCAAAAAGUGCUGUGGAAGCAUCAAAAUUUACAAGUUUUCCCCCUUCGACGGCAACCAUGGUGCUGCCUUGGACAGUGUAGUUAUAUUCUGGGCUGGUUCCAAUUUUUAGAUCUAAAGGGUUGGAAGGUCUGUUGAUAAUAUGUAAAUAGAUGCUGUGAAUCGACACAAUGUAUUGCAGAGGAUGGUUUUCAACCCGGCAAAUUCGUAGUAGACCCAAACAGGCCUGCCUCGCAACGGCCUUGGGGCCAUAUUUUGAAGAAAGCUUGUGGGUAUUGUCCAGGAUUGUCCAUGAGUCUAUAGGGGAUGUUGUAAAUAUUUGGAUGCAUUUUCCGACCCUCCCUAAAACGUCUUAUUUGCAAUUUUUGCCGCCAACAAUUGCGACCGCCUUCACUAAGCUCCCAAACGGUCUUACCGCGCCCUCUCUACCCCCAACCUCCCUCAAUAGUGACGCUCCUGAUUAUCAUUGUUGUGCAGUUUUAUGAGACAGCUGCUACAACGAUACUCAAAAAUACUGUCAAAUUUUAAAAAGAAUUUCAAACUAUCUUUCAAACUAAAAAAUUUCUCUACCACGUCCAGUCAGUAAUUGACUACCUGCUCUCCCAUCAUUUGAAGGUCUAACAAUACGCCGCAGAUAGAUAGAUAAAGAUCAACGUGCUUCCGAACUCUUGUACUUUUGUGCACAUUUCAAAUACUUUGAAGACAAAUUGCAAGAUAUUUGGGGCGCCAUUUUGAUCCUUUCCCCCCCUGCAAUCUCAUCCCUAUAACGCCACUGUAGUGUUAAAGGGGACGGUGCUAUAAAAAGCAUUUGUGCGCCUGUAAUCGAAUUUCUGAUUAUCAAGUGAUAUCUUAAAAAGUGAUAUGCAAGUAUGUCUCGCACUCCAAGUAGGAUUGAAAAACCAGAGAGAGGGGAAGAUCGUCAUGCAGUCUGUUUUUCAGAUACGACAUGCACCGGUAAUUGGUAAAGACAAAACAGAAGAUUUGCGAGAAGCGUUCGUAUAGACACGGUGACUUCGCUCUUUGUCUGCUAUACUUCGUUGCAAAGAGAUAAUCAAUAUUCUCAAAUCAUUUUCCUCAGCCAAUCAUUUGAACAGCUGCAAGUUCACUGCAAGUAAAUGGUCUUUGGUUUUAGCCUCUGUGCCUGGUUCUUUAAUCUCGCUUGACUGUUUUGUUUUGAUUAUACGCACAACCGCAUGACUCGGUGCUGGUCUGGCCCCUUUAAUAUUAAUUGAUGUUUGACUUUCGAAAACUACGUCAUGAAAUUGAAAUUUUAAGAAGCAGGAUGAAGUUAAUUUAUCUAACUCUUAAUAGCCUCCUUACCCUGAUAAAAGAGUUUCUUAAUUAAAAAAAAUGCUUAGACAGAGUAUUUAAAAUUUUGAUAGGUUUGUUUGGGUUAUCCUUUGUGAAUUUUCGAUUUUCUUGCUUUUUGGUUGCGGAAAGCCUGAAGGUUGUCUGAAGGUUGUCUUCAAAGCUUUGUUUGCAAGAGAGAACUCUUGAUGUUGUUGUAGUUGUUGUUGUUGUUGUCUUGAAGCUUUCCUCGCAAACCACUAUCUGUCGAAAGAUGUUUUAUUGGGAACGGAAAGCUCUGUUUCGCGACAAAUAGUAUUGCAAAUGUAUAAAAUUUGCAAUAGGGUUUUUGUAGUUUAGACACAAGAGGAAGACUUUACUGCAAACAUUUUCCAAUUCAGUUUUGACUGUAAGCAGCUCGUACUGUAGUGGAUACCACUGUUCUCUCGUGCCACUGUCGGCGGAGAUAUGCUGGUUUUCUUCGAAACCUUUAAGCCUCACUCCACAACAUGAAUAAAAAAGUCAGCGAUGGCUUUAUGGUAGCCUCGUUUUCAAGUCAACUUUUGGGAUUCCGCCAAUUACGUUUCAUGCCGCUCACAAACAAACAGAAGUGGGAUUUAAUCCUUCAUAAUUCCAUUUUAUGAAUCUAAGCCGUUUUAAUUUUGUAGUUUCAUUUGCUAUAAUUAGUAAGCUACCUGCAAAUCUCACGGAAUAAUUGCAGACGAUACUAACCGAUAUUGUUUGAAACGAUAACUAUUUAUCUUGUGUUGUUGAUAGUUUGUAUGAACUGGACUUAAAAUGAGUUUCGCUUCCUUUUCAGUCACCAGAAUAUAUUUACAUAACCGGUUUGACGGACCAAAUGGCGUACCGCUUGGUUUACAUUUAACGAAAAGAAAGCUAAAUUAAGAAAAAGAAAACCUGCAAUGUUUUUUUCAUUAGUUAAAAAUUUGCAAGAAAAUUUGCGGUCUGUAGUCUUCAAUGACAAUUUCUCAUUUGUGCAAGAUGGCGGACAGAGGGAGAAGAAAACAGAUUUUGAUGAUAUUCGGGCCAUGGCUGUCGCAAGCUAUUAUGCUUUAAAGGGGGGGGGGGCUUCUUGGUGCCAUUUGCCGACAAAGUGGGUGAACAAACUUUAUUUUCUCGGCCUUCCCGGCACGUUAAAAAAUAUGCGACGAAGUACCCCCUAGAUGGAAAAACUUCCGUUUUUGAAACGGAAUGUUUUUAGAAAGGUAAUGUCAGCAGGGCCGUUAGAAGUGGGAUGGGGGGGGGGGCUGGUGGCUGAAGCCUUCAGAAAAUUGGCAAACUGUACUUUAUUUCCUUUAUGGCAGUGCAAUGAAUGGGAACGAUAAAAUGAGCAACCCCCCCCCCCCCAAAUAUGCUGGAUCAUGAUAUGCGUGCUGCAUUGUUACCUCAGACUGAUCACAUGAAGUUGCCUCAUACUGAUUUUGAGAACAAGUUUCGACCGCCAAGAUAAAAUUAAACUAGAACGAUCACGCGGAAAGGAAAGGUCCCCUGCAGAUAAAUUUAUUUACCAUGAUUGAAUGCUUUUUAGAGAUACCACAAUUUAUUUAUGUUCGUUAGGGUUGACUAUUGUCGACAUUCCCUUUAUUAAGGAAAUACUCUGCGACCAGUAACAGCCCAGCUGCCGGUCAAUCGUCUAACUUCUUUGCCAUCUGCCUUGAAAAUUUGAAAAUUUCAAGAAACAAUAUACAGUGAUUUAUCGAAUGUGAAAAUAUUUUAUUGGAAAAAUAGAACUUUGAUAAAGAAUCUGUUUUUUCUCAUGCUGUUAUUUCACACUGUUUUUAAAGGAAUAUUUCACAUAAUAUUUCUAAAAUGUUUUCUCUUGGGCAUUUAAUAAUGCAUAUAUCAGUUUAAUAUUGCGGCGAAAUUAUUUGAUAAAUCCGUUGAUUUUACCUUUGGGAAUGAAACAUACUAUCACAAUACAGGUUGUUUGAGAGCACCUUGUUGAAUUUGAGUUUGCUCAACAGUCAGAUAGUUUUGAAAGCAAUGUACCGGUUGAGUCAAACAUAGCUAGAUAAUAUUCUUAAUUUAUUCUUAAAUUUCAUCGUUUAGUGACUCUGUUUUUUGUGAUUCAUCAGAUGAAUUAUAUAAAUCAACCGCCCUACUGAAGAUGUUAUUUGGUGGUCUUGGAAAAUUUUGAUAGUAUGCAUUAGGUUGUAGAAAAAUCAAUUUGAUGUAAGAACAAUAUCAAAAACGCGCAAGCUUCAGAUCAGCCAAAAGAUAUGAAUAUGGAACAUUGACAAAAAUUGUCUGGUUCUUAUUGAUUUAUUGAAAGGGUGUUUUUAACCUAAGUUCGUGCAUCCAAUUAAAAAAGAAAUAUCCUGUUAAGUUACUCGGGUUUCGACUAGAAUUUGUAUUCUUGGUUGUAGGCCAAAACUGAUAACCAAGGAUGAAAUAAAAUAAAAAGAGCAAGGAAUCUCUAGCAGAAAAUUCCCUGAAACCCCCUUGCAUCACAACCGUUGCGUGACACCCCCUUGUAUCACCUGAAAUUAGCCUGUGUUCCAGACCCGUUACUGAGCCCACUCGGGUAAACAUCCUUGUUAACAAACCCAGCGAGCAUUGUUCUUUACGGGGGAUAACAGGUUGAAAUAUUGCAGGGGCAACAAAAUUGUUCUUGGACUGUCAGGGGAUUGGAUGUCGUGCAAAAGGGAGACCUUUCCCCUUAUAACGUCAUGGCGCAAUGCAUUCUGGUACUUGUAGUUAAACCCGCGAACAUUUUAUUAGGUUUUCUACGGAUAUCGGACGAAGCUCUGUUAUUAUUCAACGCUGUUUGCUCAAAUUAUCAAACAAAUUAUAGAAAAAACGGUAGAAUGUAUCAAAUACACACCCAGAAACUAGUGCGGCAGAAAGUCGUCCCGACUGCAAUUUUACAGCGAGCAAAAAGUGAAAAUAUGGGACCAAUGGGAGAAUGUUUCUGGUAUAAUGUAGAUAUGAUUUCUGGAGGGGCUUUGAGGUACCAGUUACGGUUGUGCCAUCGUGUGGCAAAAGUGGAAAAUAUUCUGAAUUGGGUGCACCAAAAUGCCGUUUUCCCAAAAACUUUUCAACCUGCAGGGGUACCACAUCCUACUUUAAAGCCAUUUGCAAGGUUCAUAAACUGGUGGGAUUGGUUUUGAAGUUUUAAACUAAUUAACAAGGGUUAUCCACUGGUGGAAGUAGUGUUGAAAAUGGGCGUAGUCAUAUUGACGUCACGAUUUGCCUUUCUUCGAAAAAUUUUCAGACUAAUCAUUAACUAUAAAGAGAUUUGUGCUAAGAGUCAUCCCCAGUAAGAGCACAAAGUGUAACUAUAUUCAAAUUUAAAACAUUUAUAUACUGCUAAAGGCUUACUUGUAAUUACCUUUUGAACUAAAAGCUACAUCUGGCCGUAAAAUUAUACACUGCUUGAAGACCCUUCUUGGGGGUUGCGAGGCUUACCUGUCUGCACAAGAAGAGCUCCAGACAAAUUGCUACAGUAUAAACAUAGCCUGUUUCCCAGACCCCUAACUUGAAAGUAGAGGUUUGGAGCAGAGGCAAAAGAGCAUCAGUGUUGCCACACGUAGGGAUUUUUACCUACUUUGGGGAUUUUCAGAAGUUUAUAGGCUGUAGGGAAAACCUGCGAGAUCAGUCAAGAAAAGUAGGUAGUUUUCUGGAAAUUGUAGGGAUUUAUAUUUGUUUGCGGCCAAACAAUUAGAUUGCUUGUAUUUCAUAGCUUUGAACUUCAAUUUCCACUGACUUUUCAUGCAAAUGCAAAAAGUAGUUAUGAAAAGAUAUUCCGCAAAAAAUUUUACGUCAGAGUAAUUUCUUACAAAAGCAUUACUCUUUAUAGUUGAAUAGUUUUUUGGGUCCUCGAUCUUUAUGGCUUUUUAAAAUAGACUUUCGCUGAAAGUUGUUUUUAGAAACAUAGAUGGACGUGGGUAAAUCGCAGGGAUAUUUUGAAAUAUGCAGGGAUUUGUGGGGAGAAUCCACGUUGACAUGCGUAGGUGGAAGUAGGUAGAAAUCGCCUGCGCAGUAGGGAGAAACGAUAAGUCGAGCGUGGCAACACUGAAGAACAUCAUCAGGUCAAAUAUAUAAACAAAGAACUUCAGCAUUCUUGGCAGUGUCUUUCCUAUCAGUUUGAAAACAGAUCUUUAUUAAUGAUGACUAAAUUGUUCUUGUUCAACUAUUUUUUGCCACCAUUGACUCUUUUCAUAAUUUAUAACCAUAUUUUUACUUCUGUCACUGUCAGGCCUAAGGUGCACGUACGCUCUUUAGUAUUUUUACUGAAUUAUAAAUGAGUCUUCCACUGAGCUGUCCAUUUCAGAAGCUUGGUAUAACUUUAAAGACUUGGUCCAACCUUUUAGUCAAUUCAUAUCUUUCUAGGCCUAUCCUCUUCUUCUCCAUCCAAAGUGAACAGCUUGUUCUCCUUUUGUGGCCUAAUCGCAACACCAGAAAGUCUAUCUGCAACAUCAUUUCCCGUGCAAGAACCUUGAGAAAACUAGGGAUGUGCUGCUGGGUACAUUCUGCCGUAUUUUCCAUGAUUUGUUUGAUAAUUUGAGCAAACAGCGUUGAAUAAUAACAGAACUUCGUACGAUCGCCGUACAAAACAUAAACAAAUGUUCGCGGGUACUACAAGUACCAGAAUGCAUUGCACCAUGACGUAAUAAGAGGACUUGGGACAAAAAUACGUGUUUGCAGACCACGUGGUGUAAUGAAAAAAUGGCCGCUUCAUUCGAUUUUUGAAAAGUGGAUUCCCCAGUUGGGCAUACAUGGGUUUAAGUAAGGGUGAGCAUUUUAAUGUCUGGCGUGUUCCCACAGUCAGCAUGAACGCAUGCUAUGGCCUAUCAUUAAUAUUCACAUCAGAAUACAGAACGCUUCCAAUUUCAUUCUAAACACUGUCUCCGUGUGCAAGGAAUGAAUUAGUAAUUCAUUCACAACCAUACUAUUAUUAGUGGUUUGUUAACCGCUGCUCGCAUAAUGCAUAGCAAAUCUUUAAGCUUCUUGAGAGCAGAUUUUUUAGUUUGACAUUGGUUUUUGUUAGAUUUUUGUUAUGUCAAAGUUGAUAUACAGCUUUUUUGAACUGUUUUCAAAUACAGUUGAAAAAAGCAGCACAAAGAUAACUCUGCUUAAUUUAAUUGGCCUAUAGAAGUAAGGGCAGUUCUUCCUCAACAUAAUCACGUUUCUUAAAAGUCCCAGAAAUAUUGUAACGAUGUAAUUCUCUUUCCCUUGAAAUGAAAAAUGAGAUCUUCAAUCGUGUUGACAAUGUUAAACCUCUUUGUCUUUUUGCUUUUAUGGUACCAAGCCCUCAUUGUCAUUUUAAUCGCAUUUUCAAGCUUACGAAACUUGUGAAAUAAACUUAUAUGGCCGAUUUAUCUUUCUAGCUUUCCAAAGCUGUAUUGAAUUUUAGGCUCAAGUGUUUAUAGAGGUUUAUUUUCUCGGGAAGAAUUGAUUUGUUUUGAAUUGCGAAACAAAUUAGUACUUUGUUUUGAACCAGAGGCCCAAUGCAAGUAAUUUUUUUGAGGAGAGGAUUCAAGAAAUAAUUUUGCAAAUAAUUCCAGUCAAGAAGCAGAUUUUCUGAAAUUUUUAAACAAAUUUGGUGCUGCAAAAGGCCUCCUUAACCCCUGAUUAACGUUAGGAACAGAGAACCUCGACGCGAAGUGAGCAAAGGGGGAAAAACGCCAAUAAAAGGGGCAAAACAAUAGUAAAAACAAGAAAAAUGGUUAGUUUCCCGAGGGUCCUGAUGCCCCCCUUGAGCAGGCGUCUCUGCUUAGGGACACACUGGCUGUUUUUGAGGUUAUAUGGUGUUCCGUGCCUGGCAACUGCUUGGAUGAGGAUGCUAUUUGGUCCGGGUUUUAUGAUAGCGCCUCCGCUUAGUUGACACGCUGAGACUUUUCCCAUGUAUUAUUAACGAGAAUCGGUGAGUUAAGGAGGACUUUUGGAAGUAAUGGUUCAAGCACCAAAGUAAGGAUUUAGUAAGGUCAAGAACAAGGAAGAAAUAGUAUCUAAUGAAAGUAUGGCGACGAAGCCUAAAGUGAACUUCGAUCCUCCUUCGAUACCUGUAUUUUUGGAUCGUUUGGUGAGCGCUGGAGUGAGGACAACUUCGUUUGAGAGCGACGCCACACUCCAUUCAAGGCUCCAUGGUGAUGCCGAGCAACAUGCAAAGCAGCAAACGAGUCCACUUAAUGAGCACGACCGAUUGCAACUUCCCGUAUCCGGAUCGAGAAGAGAAUCGUUUUUGUACCGGUCGGACAGUGAUUGCGACAACCCCCCACCGCCGUUGUCUUCUAGGUCAUCAAUUUCAAGUGAAGGAGUACGUUCAGAAGAGCUGGUCACCCCUUUUGCCCAAGUUCUCUCCUGCCUUCAAAACAUUCGCUCAAACUUCGUCCUGCUGACAAAUGUACGCCAGAGCAGACAUCGCCGAGGAUCGGAUGGUUUUCAUUUAAAUUCUAGAGUGUGCAAUCUUUACGAGACAGGAGAUGGCAGCUUUAUUAGAGAUGAUAUGUUUAAAAAGCUCACGAUGGAAACAUUGAAAGAAUUUGAUUGGUGUUUGAACCAACUUGAAUGCUUGCAAGCCAGCAUGACCAUCAGCGAUAUGGCAUCUAACAAGUUCCGAAAGAUUUUGAAUCGGGAGUUGAAAGAGAAUUCAGAGGCGGGGAAUGGUGCAUCAGAAAUAUCGGCUUGGGUGUAUAACACGUUUAUUGGUAAUCCAAACUUUUUCACCUCAACCCAAACAGACAAGCCUUUGGAAGACGAUAUCGCUUCAAAUACACGGGAACACAGCGGGCCAAUACGCGCUAGAUCCCGCAGCCUCGUUCGCUCAAUCAAGAAGCUGACACGCAGCAUCAGUUGCUCAGGAUCAAUCCCAAGGUUUGGAGUUGAAUGCCCGGAUGAAGCACCUUUGGAAAAAAUUAUGGAAGACCUUGACAAAUGGAAUUUUGAUGUGUUCAAAGUAUAUGACGUCACCGCGUCAAGACCUUUGCUUUCAAUUACAUACACGAUUCUGCAGACGAGAGAUCUCUUGAAAACUUUCAAAAUCAAGCCGUCUGUUUUUGUCAGCUAUAUGUCAUCUGUAGAGAAUCAUUACCUAAAAGAUGUUGCAUUCCACAACUCUACGCAUGCGGCAGAUGUGACGCAAGCAACACAUUUUCUUCUCUCGGCAACCGCUUUUCAGGGCGUCUUCAGCGAUCUCGAAGUAUUCGCCGCCAUUUUUGCAAGCGCUGUUCACGAUGUUGAUCACCCUGGCGUUAAUAAUCAAUUUCUUGUCGAUUCAAACUCAGAAAUGGCGAUCAUCUACAACGACGAAUCAGUGCUAGAAAAUCAUCAUCUUGCCGUCGCCUUUCAGCUUCUGCAGCAUGAAGAGUGCGAUAUUUUUCAAAAUCUGUCAAAGAAGGAACGACAGAUGCUGCGCAAAAUGACUAUUGAAAUGGUUCUGGCGACAGACAAUGCGAAACAUAUGAGCCUACUCGCCGCUCUCAAAACGAUGGUAGAAACGAAGAGUGUUGUUGGGAAGCAUUUGGUUCUUGAUGCCUUCAAUGAUCGGCUUCAUAUACUCAAAUGCUUGGUUCAUUGCUCAGAUCUGAGCAACCCUACGAGGCCUCUUAGGCAUUAUCAGAAAUGGCUCGAUCGAUUGAUGGAGGAGUUCUUCACGCAGGGUGACAUUGAACGGGAAAAGGGCAUGGAUGUCAGCCCGAUGAUGGACCGUCACAAUGCCAACAUUGCAAAGUCCCAGGUCGUGUUCAUUGACUACGUCGUGCACCCGUUGUGGGAGACCUGGGCCGACCUUGUCUAUCCGGAUGCGCAGGAGCUGCUGGAUAACCUAAACAGAAAUAGGGAUUGGUACAAACUUCAGUGCUCUCCUAGCACGACAACGUCACCGAAAUCGUCUCCUAACAUGGCCUCACUACGAAGGGUUAGUUUGCAACUGGAAAACAGUGUAGACGACAGCGAGGAGAAUGGGUUGCUGGAAGCGAAACACGGGGACGAAAGGAGAAAAUCGGACUCUUUGUUGUUGAAAAAACCACCUGAGCAAACAAUUGACAAAGUGCAAAAGCAACUGCAAGAACUAGCUUGUGGGAAGGAGCGCGAGAAAGAGAAUAACUGUUCGAGUGCGGAGGAGCCCAGAACUAUGAAGAACCAAAAUGGAACUGUUGUAAAGAGUUGUGACAAAGGCAACGCGCUGCCAAAACAUUCAUCUCCUGUAAAACAUACUGUAAAUAGCUCAAAUGAUAAAUUUAAAGAAAAAGUCAUUACAUGAUUUGGUGGAUGUUUCGAAAAAUCAUGAAUUUCAGUGUCAUUCGUUCGAAAGUUUGUCGAAUGAUUUUAUCUCUGCUCGGGUACUUGGGAUGCCUUGCCGGAGGAGUUCGAAUCUCGAUCACUUUAAGUCAUGUGUUCAUGCGCGAUUGCCGUGCUUGGCGCUGCAGAGAGCAUCAAAUGCCUUUCGAUGUGUGUUUGCGGAAAUAGCGCGUUAAUGGACGAUGAGACAUGUACUUGUUGUAAGCUCGGUGAUACUGUACCAGUCCUUAAAUGUUGGGCAUUCAAUUCAAUUGUCGUGGUGAAUUAUGCAAAGGUUUCAAUUAUUCUCGAGAAGCACUGAUGUCAUUGUUCUGCUUCGGAAUUGAGGCCGAUUUUCAUGUUGGACUUGGCCGAAGGCUAAACAGUUUUGUCUGCGGCAACCCUAUACCUCUAGCCAGCAAUUUUUUCCAUGUCAAACUUUUGACUUUGUACAGAUUCAGAUUUUACUGGACAUAACAUCUUCAGAAGUAGUUUUCCGUGCUAGCAGGUUUCCUUGCCUGCCACCUAUUCGGUAUUUUAACAUUCAGCAUAUAUGUGACGUCAUAGCCCAGAUUCUAUUACUUUUCUAAUCGCCACAACGUGUAGUUGCAUUUGCGUCUCGCAUGCAGACGUCGUUCCAUUUCAUCGGCAUAUCAGUUGAUUGUUUGUAUCUUAGGGUCUGUCUUUUCAAGGUAAAUAUCUUCUUGUGUUCGUACUUUCCCUGAAUGCCGCAGAGAAUUGUGUUUAUCGGCAAAUCAAUUGUAGAGAACCUCAACUUGAAUGUUCUUCAAAAGCGUCAUUCUUGGUAUUAUUAUCAAAGCCUUGAUUCAGUUCUUGAAUCUUCACGCGUUUAACGCAAUUUUGUUAUAAUGUUGUUAGCCCUAGUGAAUUUUCAACAGAAUCGACAACCCAGUCCCCCCACCCCCCAGUAUUAACGUACCAUUUUGAAAUUUGUUAGGCCUAAAGUAAACUUUUCAUUCCAUUUUUUCCUAUGAUAUCGGUUUAUAUAUAUUAAACGCAAUGUAGGAACUGACGCAGAUAGUUCACAGUAUAUAUACUCUAUAUUUAAGCCCCAUCAAUUGAUCGUGCCCCCAUAUUGUCACUGAACGGCAGAAUAUUUUUAGCGUUCUAUGGCGUUUGAUGCAACGGAAAGCUAACAAUACCCAUGCAAGUUUCCAAUUAUUUUGCACGUAUUUACACAGAAACGCGUUCCGUGCUGUUUGAAAUUCAAGGCCCUUAAAAUUACUCUGGAAUCAUAAUGGAAUGCUUCCCGCGUUCUUCUGCGUCUUUCGCGUGUGUGAGAAGAGGGUGAUUGUAGGCAAAGAAGUAUAUUGUAUAUCAGAUGUUACAGUUACCAGUAAUGGUAAAAACUUCGAGAUGAGUUCGAAUCAAAUAUGACUUGUAAAAUAGUUUUAUGUUAAUAGCGAUUUGAAUCACUGUUGAUUAAUUGUUCGUUUGGUGAGCGGCACCGUAAUGACCAAAGCACUUAGAUUGUUUAUAAGCAGUUAAGAAAGAGGAAACGAUACGAGUGA